AUGGUUCCUCAACGAAGCCCUGCUUACUGCAAAUGGCUCAAAGGAAGAUGGAAAGUGUGUAGCAUUGGUGAAGUUGAAGAAGCUGAGGCGGUACUUAUGCUUGUUCCCAUAUUUAGUGCAUGCUUGAUAUAUGCUAUUGUUUUUGCACAGUCCUCGACUUUCUUUGAUAAGCAAGGAGCAACCAUGGAAAGAUCAAUUUCACCAGGUCUUGAAAUUUUCGCGGCAUCACUUCAAUCCCUCAUUUCCCUUUCCAUUGUUGUUCUUAUUCCAGUCUACGACUCUUUCUUUAUUCCUAUGGCAAGAGCUAUAACCAGGAAACCUUCUGGCCUUACAAUGCUUCAGAGAAUUGGAACUAGGAUGUUUUUAUCUGCUCUGUCUAUGGUCCCAAGUGAAUUGAGGAGUGUUGGUCUUUCACUCUACCUUAGUAUCUGUGGUGUUGGAAACUUUCUAAGCAGUUUUCUUAUCUCUGCCAUUGAAAGGGCAACUGGUGGGGAUAGUUAUGAUUGCCGGUUUGCUAAUAACCUGAAUCAGGCUCAUCUUGGAUUACUUUUAUUGGCUAUUGGCUGGACUAAGUGCUGUCCAGUUUUUCAAAGUCCUACAUUUAUAACAGGGGACGCACAAGAUAAAAGCACCGAUUCUUCACUUGUUUUUCUGCAAAUUCUUCAUAAGCUCACAAUGUUUGACUAA